AUGUCUAACAUUGAGCUUGGUGUGCAAACGGAGAAGGCCUUCCAGAAGCAGCCCCUUUUCCUUAACCGCAAGGCUACCCGCCAAGUUACCCGCGAGCGCCGGUGGUACAAGGACGUCGGUCUCGGCUUCAAGACCCCCAACGCGGCUGUGAAUGGUACUUACAUCGACAAGAAGUGCCCUUGGACUGGCCUUGUAUCUAUCCGUGGCCGUAUUCUCAGCGGCAAGGUCGUUUCUACGAAAAUGACCCGCACGGUGGUUAUCCGCCGUGAGUACUUGCACUACGUGCCCAAGUACAACCGUUACGAGCGCCGCCACAAGAACCUGUCUGUGCACGUCUCCCCUGCUUUCCGUGUGGAGAUUGGUGACAUCCUUGUGUGUGGCCAGUGCCGCCCUCUUUCCAAGACUGUGCGUUUCAACGCGCUCAAGGUUAUCAAGAACAAGAGCACUGAGCGAGCCAAAGCGUUCAACCGCUUCUAA